CUUUAAACACUUUUUCAAUACAGCCUUUCACUUUUCCUUCCCAAACAAGACCUCCAACAAUAAUAUAUUGGUUGAUUAAUAUCACCUCUCUCAAAAUAUCUCCCAAUAGUUAAUCAAAGUUUUUCAAUCAAUUUUCUUUUGAAAAAAACCAGUAAAUAAUUCUAUAAUAUUUUAUGGCAGAGGAAGUAAGACUUACCGGUGGCCCUGGCGUUGACGUUGAUGAACGAGUAUCUGAGUGGGAGCUAGGGUUACCGAACUUCGCCGAUUUGACGCCGUUAUCACAGUCGUUGAUCUCGGCGGAGAUGUUAUCGGCGUUCAGUAUUACGCCGGAACCCUACCGGAAUAUGUCUGACGUCAAUCGUGCUUCUCAAGAUACACUUUCUGAUAUCCGAGGUGAUAAUUUAAAUUCAAUUAGUACUAAUAAUAAUGAUAAUAAUAAUAAUAAUAAAGGAAAUGAAAGUGUGGUGGAUCUAACUGAUUCUCGGAAAUCACGGAGAGUUAGUUACGACGUUGACGGUGACGGUGACGCGGUGGAGGAAAUCGAUAAUGAGUCAGGUAUGGUGACAGAUAAGGCGGAGCCGGCAUCAAAACGACAGCGUUUAGUGUGGACAGCGCAAUUGCAUAAGCGAUUUAUAGAAGUGGUUGGACAUUUAGGGAUAAAAAAUGCGGUUCCGAAAACAAUUAUGAAUUUAAUGAAUGUUGAAGGAUUAAGUAGAGAAAAUGUUGCUAGUCAUUUACAAAAAUAUAGAUUGUAUUUGAAAAGGAUGCAAGGCUCGUCGUCUUCGGUUUCGAAUCAUCAGGAGCAGCAGCAGCAUAUGCAGUUUCCGGCUUCACAGAUGGUUAAUUAUCGCGGUCUUGAGGGGAAUGCGUAUCCGUAUAAUAUUAUGCCUAUGCAACAUAGGGAUUGGUCUGGUUCGGGUUAUCAGCAUACAAAACGAUAACAGAUAGAAUUGGAUCAAGUGAAAAACCCGUGGUUUGUGGAAAAUGGGAUUGGGUACGCUUGUUGAAUGAGCUCUAACGAUUAAAUGAAUAAAUUCAAGUUAUGUAGUAGUAAUUUGGGGUUUUUCAGGGUGAAUUUUUCGUUGUUGAAUUUUGUUAAUAAUAUUGGAUUAAUCCUUUGUUAUUAUUACACUCAGUUUGUAUGCAUGUAUAGUUUGUGUUA